CAGUAAGGAGAGCAGAACGAACUCGUAACGAUAGGAGAAUCCCACAUGGUCUAUGAGACAGAGCAUCAUGAGAUUCAACACUGCUUUCCUGCCAUCAAUUCAUCAUGUAUCAAGGGAAAACACUCCAGACAUGAAUCCAAUAUCAUGUAUAUGUUUUUUUCAUUGCUGUCAGUGUGGACUGUGUUUCUGAACCUGCUGGUGAUCAUCUCCAUCUCUCACUUCAAGAAACUUCACACUCCAACCAACCUGAUCAUUCUCUCUCUGGCUGUGGCUGACCUGCUUGUUGGACUUGUGAUGCCAAUAGAUGCCAUAAAUCUGAUUGAGAUGUGCUGGUACUUUGGAGACACUUUCUGUGGAGUCUAUUCAAUAUUUUUUGCGAUGCUUCUCACAGCAUCUCUUAGUAAUUUAGUUUUAAUUGCUGUUGAUCGUUACGUGGCUGUUUGUCACCCUUUACAGUACCCACAGAAAAUAACAAUGACUAAAACAAUAAUAAGCAUCUGUCUGAGCUGGGUUUUCUCUUCAACUUAUAGCACUGCCUUUGUUAUUGAUAAUGGUUAUUUUGACAUUUCACGCAAAACAAACAUGUGUUAUGGAGAGUGUUCUGUUAUGAUGGGUUUUGCUUGGAGCAUCACUGAUCUGAUCUUGUGUUUUAUUUUUCCUUGUGUCCUGGUCAUAUCUUUAUAUUUGAGGAUUUUCUAUGUUGUACAUCAGCAAGUGAAAGUUAUAAACACCCUGAUGAAGGGUGGAAAAUGUGUAAAAGAAGGUUCAGUGAGAAGGAAAACUGAGAGCAAAGCUGCUCUGACAUUAGGAAUCAUUGUCACAGUUUAUCUGCUUUGUUGGAUUCCAUACUAUAUCUGUUCCAUAUCAGGAGCUUCUUCCACAACCAUAAAUGUUUUAUUAUGGGUCUUACAUAUGAACUCAGGUCUGAAUCCUAUGGUCUAUGCUUUAUUUUACCCCUGGUUUAAAAAGACAGUUAAACUAAUCUUAACUCUGAAAAUAUUUCAGCCAGCAUCUUCUCUGGUCAAUAUUUUUUCAGAACAUCAAUUGUAA